AUGCUAGCAAAUAUCUCGAAGCACUCUCCAGGCCCUGCGUCUUCAUACUCGCCUCCCAUGACGUCCCCCGUCAACGUCAUCCACGUCCUUCGCAAUGCACGCCAGGAUGCUCAAAGAAAUGCUGUCGUCCUUGAUAACAUUUCAACUCCACAAAACACUGGCUCGCGAACACACCGAGUCUCCUCCCAACCAAAUGCUGAACCACAAUCGACAAAGACGCCAAGUUCCGAGAAGAAAGAUGUUUCGCGGGGAGGCCCAGCCUCGCCAGUCGAAAAGGAACUACCUAGAUGUGUGCCGGAAGUCACUGCGUCUAAGGAUAGCAAGAAACCAGAAGGGGGUGGUGACAGUUUGCCGACAUCCAAGGCGAAAGAUACAUCGUCGAAGCAAAGUUCACCGCACCCAAUAAGCAAAUACAUUUUAUCCUCUUUGUUUACUGCUGUUGAUCGCCUCGCUGCCAAAUCGAAAGAUGAAGAGAGUCACAACUAUCUCUUUCUUAACAAUGGAAAAGAGAACAAUUUCCUCUACGGACUAGUCGUCCCACUAAUUGCAAGAUUGCUGGCUGUUAGUUGCCCGGGAGUUCUUUGUAUCGUUCAACUCCCUCGCCAACCUCGACAUGUGGAGUGGAGCUCACCGGCGCACUGUAACUACGGUUCCUAUGGAUCCAAUGGAUCCAAAAGCUUAAGUCACACAACGCCCUCGCCCCAGGACACAUCUCGAACGGCAUCUCCCUCCGAUGAAGAUCUGGGGGGUGCUGAACGCAAGUCAAUUAGUCCCGACUCCAACCCUGGAACAGCAGAGCUUAUUCGGCAUGCUGAUAAGAUCUUAUCCGGCGCCGAAGCUGCCGCCGAGGGAAGGGCCGCAGCAGCAAGACUUCGGAAAGAAUCUUCGCCACCGCCCAAUAAUUCCGUGCACGAUCAUGGUACCCUUCGGCUUAUCUGCAAUGGCUUCGAGGUGCUGACCGGGAAAAUGCCAUCUCCGAAAUCUAGUAUGGGUCCCUUUACGAUGGCCUCUGUCGGAUGGGAGAAAGCUGGCGUUGUAUCGCCGAGCACGCCAAGCAAGGGUGUCACAAUGAGCUUCUCAAAUGGGAUGAUGGUUCCCACGAAGGGAAUAGUGGUGACUUUUUCGAAUGGCUCGAUGUGCUUUUUGACGCUGGAGGAUCCCCUGCUGGCUGCUGAAAGUUUAAGAGUUUCCCUUGCCACCCCAGUUGUAGUAUUCUCAUUCUUACAUCCAGGAGAUGUACCCUGUGGCUCUGUCUUACAGAGUGAAGCAGCAACGCCACAUCCGGAGGCCGAGAGAAUCCGCGCAAUGCUUGACAGAGAAAACGUUUUCGUCGUCGAAAUUGGAGAUGCAAAUAACAAUUCGUCUAGUAACGUAAGCGGAAGUCCUGAUGCUUCAGAAAGCACACAACCGGACGCAGCACAGAUUGUGUCGUUUGGACAUGGAGAUGUGCUGGAAUCCAGAGAACCGGAUCCAAAGGAGUCUGUCGAUUUGUGCUCUCCUCAUAGGUGUCCACCGGUAGUCAUUGGAGCAGUGCCAAGGGCAAUUCCAUUGUUUGUGAAUACAAUCAAUCAGACUUUCAUUGACGGGCCUUUUUAUGAAGUUCCCGAAAACUCUUACGGGAACACGCUUCCAGAUGAUCGCUUUCGAGAUAUUACGCACAGCUCGCAUCUGCGGCGGUCGUCUCGAGGCAGAAUCAUCAACCGUGAAAGCAAGAGGGUACGACAUCCGAAUGGAAAAGCGCCAUUCCCGGCGCCAGGACAAGCGACAUAUAAUAAUGGAAUUGUUCAGACUACUGCACAAUACGAUUCUGCCUCGGAUAGGGCUCAUGUAGAAGGACUUUCUCACGAGAGCUCCCUGAAGCAGUCCGAGUCAGUCUUGCAAUCGAACAGUACGAUUGAGUCAGCUCAUUUGCACGCUUCUUCCUCUCCAGCCGUGAGUCAAGCUCACACUUCUGGUGGACCUCCUACGUCUCUCAAUCAAGAGACUGCUGCGUUUCAAGGUCAGUCUAUGCACGAGUACUACCCGUACAGUCCUUUUCCAUCGUUUCCCCCUGGGUAUUUGCCCGGGCACGGCGGGCAGGACUCGCGAAAUAUGGCAGGACCGGGUGCAGUUCGGCAUCAAGGACAUGCUCCAGUGAAUGGAACAGAUCUUCGGUAUUUCCAUGCAGCACCACCGCCCCCAUCUGGACCGAUUGGUCAUGGGCAGUAUCACCACCAACCAUACUACUCAGUACCGCUUCCAGGCAUGGCUCACAGUGUACCGCAGAACGGUAGACCGUGGCAUGAGAGAAUGCCAACUCUCUCACACCCACCGGCACCUUUGCCGUCUCCCCAUCCAAUGGACGCACGGCGGGAUAUGCCAGUGCAUUUCUCGUCGCACCGAGCAGUGGUUUCAGCUCAUGGGCACUACAAUUCCCAGCACUUCCAAGGUCCACCACAUCUAAGCCAGGGAUAUGACGGGAGGCACAACCAUACGGUCCAUGGCCCAGGCGUUGCAGUGUACCAAGAUCAUAAACCGUCACGUAAUUAUUCGCCAGUUUCUGCUGGUAUGGCGGGUAUCCCUGUUCGUGAUUCCCCGAUGGGCGAAAGUUAUUACAAGAUGGCUGACGCGUAUACAAGCGGAGAGAAACAGCCGGCCAGGAAUCAUGGAGGGACUCCUAAAACAGGCAUAGCAGCACCACCCCAACAUUUACAGAGCGUCGUCACCACAAAGCUACCGCUCGGUAGUGUGCCGUCAGAACAUGAGCAGCUAUCGAAGGACAAGGAAAGUGCUCUACGGGCUUUAAUGGAGAUGCAAAGCGGUGUUCAUGGCGAGGCUAGAGCACAGCGAGGAAGAAGCGAGACCGCAACGGAAGGGCACCACGACAGGAGCGUUGAGAGUCGUGCGCCUGGAAAAGAAAAACACUGGCGGAAUACAUCCUCGCAAGCUUCCCAUGCAGAUAGGGAAAUAAGACCUGCUGCCACUGCUAGUUCACCCCAAGACGGAUCGUUUAUAGCAAAUAAUCGAUCACAUGUGAGCACUGGAACAAACAGCGGGACAAGCACAAAUAGUCACAGUCAAGGAAAGGCACUCACACAAGGUGCCAUGAUUGGAAACUCUCCACAUUCAAACCAUCAAAGCCGCAUUGCUUUACAAAGAAAAAAUAAGAGGCAGAGACUUGAGUGAAGACAACUGGAAGAGCCGUUGAGGUUGUUCUCUGACAGCAAUGGCAAGCUGAGGACGGGCAUGAAUGGUAAUAGAGAUGUAAAUAUGUCGUCAAACAAAGGGGUUUCUUAUUUUAGGCCUGCUUAUCUCUUACUCUGCCUUUCAAACUGAUUAAACAUUCUUACCUUGA